AUGACUUCUUGCUCGGCUUGCCAGAAAAGCCCACCCGAAGUUACUCUCAAACGAUGCGCGAAAUGCUCUUCGGAGUCUUACUGCUCCCGGGAAUGUCAAAAGAACGAUUGGAAGAAACAUAAGAAGACUUGCGGAAAGGGACCAUCUGCCCAAGCUGCCGGGAGCAGUACCGGAGGCAGCGGAUCGCCACCAAAGGGUCUCGAUCAGCCUAUCCCCGAUCCCUUUACUCGCCUAGACAAGGGCAAGUACCUACACAAUCGCCCUGAAAAGGACGUGUAUCGUCUUCUCAUCGACUGUUACCGCCUGCGUGUCAAGGACAUGUACACCCUCGAGGGUGAGGUGAUGGAAGAUGGAUUGUCUGGAUUCAAGGAAUUCAUUGCCAAGAUGUCGACUCGAAAAGGACUUCUUCCUUCAUGGUGGACACCCGAGAAGCAGACAGAGUGCGAAGAGUUUGGCAUGAGCUCUUCGGAGCAGGAUUUGAAGACGGCGACUGACAAAGCCGGUAUCAUUCAACACUACGGAGAUCACCAGUUUCCAAUGCAGCUCCGUAUGCUGGGCGAGGCAGUCUACGGCAAAGCCCCUGGUGGAGGUGACGGAUCGGCUAUGAGGAAGAUGCUGGCUUCGAUGGAGGCGGGUGGUAUGGAUGGAAUGGCGACCACUAUGAUGCAUAUCGAUACCUCUAGGAACUAG